AUGCCGGCAGGCUAUUCCAAGAAGGCUCCUGCCUUCUGCGAAGCUCACUCCCCUCGCGCCACCCCCUUGCGGGCGCCGCCAACAGCAGAGGCCGCGGCCGAGUCCGCUGCGGCUGCGGGCUGCUUCUCCAGCAACGAGGAGGCUGCGGCCGCGUGCUCGCUCCACAGCAUCCCUGCGGGGGUCCUGAACUGUGGGUACUACGCGCGUUUCUUCGCCGAGGAGCGCAAGCUAGGUGCUGGCUCGUUCGGGGCGGUGUAUCUCUGCAGGCACGUGAUGGACGGCAUCGACCUGGGUAUCUUCGCGGUGAAGAAGUUGGCCCUGGGGGACGACACAAAGAGGUUGCGCCAAGUCGUCCGCGAGGUAAAAGCCCUUGAGCGGCUGCGGCACAUGAACAUAGUGGACUACAAGCACUCUUGGCUCGAGGUGAGUAGGCACUCGGAGUUCUGCCCCUACGUGCCCUUCCUUUUCAUCCUCAUGGAGUACUGCAACGCUGGCUCCAUGGAGAGCCUGAUCUGGCCCGCCGGCUUCGUCCGUGGCGCGACGGGCAACGCGGAGAAGGCAGCAUUCCUCAGCGAGGACCUCAUCUGGCGCCUCUUCCUGGACGUGUGUUGCGGGCUGGCCCACCUGCACAGCCGCGGGAUCUUGCACCGGGACCUGAAGCCCUCGAACAUCCUGCUGCACAUCGACGAGGUCGUGGGCGAGCACGCCAGCCGCGAGGCCGCACCGCGCGCGAUGCUGUCGGACUUCGGCACCUGCGAGAUCCAUGGGGAGGGCCGUUCCAGCGACGGGGGCGGGUACGCGGUCGAGUUCGCGGCCCCCGAGCGGCUGAGGGGCGAGGAGAGCGAGGAGCCCGCCGACGUGUGGAGCGCCGGGCUCGUCCUAUACGCCCUGUGCGCGGGCGACCUGCCCUACCACAGCGAGGACCCAGAGGCCUGCAGAGAACAGGUGCUGGGCCACACGGUGCUCUCGAGUUUGCCCUCCUUCAGGGACCCGUGCCUCUGCGGGCUCAUCUCGUCCCUCACGGCGAAGGAGCCCGUGGCCAGGCCCACGGCCGAGGAGGCGGAGCGGGCCUGCGCCGCGGCGGUGUCCCGGCUCCCCGAGGGCGCCGCCGCCUCCCGCGGCCCCGGGCCCCUCCCGGACUCGGCGCCCGGGCCGGCGGCCCGGCGCUCUGCCGGGCGCGCGCCGCUGGAGCUGAUGGACGAGGCGCUCCUGCAGCUGCAGGACGGGAAUGUCGCCUCUCCGAAGGAGGGGCUCUCGUCGGCGUUCCCGUCGAUGACCUCGGUGGCCUCUGCAGCGGGCUUGGAGGAAGCGAACGGCUGA